AUGGCUGCCACAAUGAAGCAUAUGAUGACAAAUUUCUCCAAGCUUGAUAAGUUUGAAGGAAUGGACUUUCGGAGAUGGCAGAAGAGGAUGCACUUUCUCCUUACAACCAUGAAAGUGGUUUAUGUGGUGAGCACUCCUUGUCCGGAAGAUGGUGAUGAUGCAGUUGUUGAUCAAAUUCGAAAAAGGAACAAAUGGGAGAAUGAUGACUACAUUGCUCGAGAAUUAAUCCUCAAUGGUAUGUCUGAUGCUUUUUUUGAUAUUUACCAAAAUCAUGCUUUUGCUAAAGGACUAUGGGACUCUUUAGAGACCAAGUAUAUGACUGAGGAUGCCUCUAGUGAAACGUUCCUUGUGAGAAAUUUUAAUAAUUACAAGAUGGUCGAUUCUAGACCGGUCAUGGAACAAUACAAUGAGCUCAUUCGCAUACUUGGUCAAUUCACAGAACAUAAAAUGAAUAUGGAUGGGGCUAUUCAAGUCUCUAGUAUCAUUGAUAAACUCCCUCCGUCGUGGAAUGAAUUUAAACAUUCUUUGAAUCACAAAAAUGAGGAGUUAACUCUUGUUGAGUUGGGCAGUCAUUUGCGUAUUGAGGAAUCCCUCAGAGCGCAUGAUAUUGACAAGCCAUAUAGCAACAACGUUGCUGGUAUGUCUUCUGUCAAUAUGGCGGAACAUAAAAAAUCCACUGGAUAUAAUGACAAGAAGGGGAAACGUAAACAUCAAGAAGCUAACAAAGCUGGUCCCAACAAGAAGUCUAAGUUGGCUUGA